AUGGGCAGCAUCAUGGGCACAGGGGAUGAGAAUGAGGAGCCCAUUUGCACACAGAAGAUGAAAGGCCCUGCCCAGGCCUACUGGCAGGCCGUGCUGAGAGGGGACCAGGGGGCAAUGGCAGAGAUCCUCAGCGACUCCCAGAAUGGCCUGAGCCCCAGCUCCGUGUUUGACACCAGCAACCUGGAAGAGUGGAAAGAUUACCGGUUCAACUUUCGCCGGCUGAGUAUGCAGGGGGCAGUGGGCUGGCAGUGUGUCCAUCGGGCCGGGGCUCAGAACCUGUCGUUUGUGCCGCAGGGCGUCCCUGCUGCUGGACAGGGUGUGCGGGCACUUGUGAGCCGUGGGAGCCAGGGGCCCUGUGGGGCAGAGGCUGGCAGCAAGAAACAGCCUCUUGAGGGGAAGCCUGCUACUCAAGAGGGAAGGUAUGGCAAGGAGCAGGAGGGAAAGGGCAGGUCUGGGCCCCAGGCUUUUCUGCUCCUCAGGGGCGCUUCCGUUAACUUCGCGCCAGGGGGCAAGACUGCCCUGCAUGAAGCUUGUGCAGCAGCCAGUACGGACUGCGUGCGCCUGCUGCUCAGCUUCGGAGCUGACCCCGAGGCUGUCUCUGAGGAUGGCUACAAGCCUCUGCAUUUCUGCAAGAGUCCGGAUUCUAUCCAGUGUGUCCAGCAGCUGUUGCAGCACGGUGCCAGUGUGAACAGCCGGACAGAGGAGGAAGACGACACAGCACUGCAUGUGGCAGCACGACAUGGCCUGGCAGACCACGUCGGACUGCUUCUGCGCCAUGGGGCAGAGCUGGAAGCAAAGAAUGAAGAGGGACAGACGCCACUGAAUGCUGCCUGUGCUCAGCCCCAUCAGCCUCAGGACAUGGAACGCUACUACAGGGUCUGCCAGCUUCUGGUGGAGAGUGGUGCUAACGUCAAUGCUGCAGACAGGGACCGCCAGCACCCGCUUCAUUUGGCCUGCAAGAACGCCAAUGCUCAAGUAGUAGAAUUACUACUGGCCCGGGGUGCACAUGUCAACAUCAUGAACUACAGUGGCAACACAGCACUGCACAAUAUCUUGCAAAUGACUGCCUACAAGCUGGAGCACCAUCCAGAGCUUGUGGUCCGAGCCCUGCUCAACUACGGUGCCAUCCGCAUCUGGCCUGGCUCCCUCCUCAAGGUGCUGCGGUACUGCCACAAGUGCCCACGUGUCAUCGAGGCCCUGAUGAACAGUUAUGAGCACGUGCGUGUGACUGAGGACUGGGUGGAGGCCGUUCCAGCGGAGGUGGUGGAGAAAUAUCCAGAUUUCUACCAGUCACUCUUCGCCCUGGAGCAAAGUCCUCGCUCCUUGCAGCAUCUGGCUCGCUGCAAACUCAGGACCCUCCUGGAGGGCCGGUUGCUUCAGGUCCUGUCACAGCUGCACCUGCCGAGUGCCUUGCACCAGUUCCUACUGCUCGGCUUUGAAGAUGUUCUCUACUAA